GGAAAAUAUACUAGUAGUAUAGUCUAAGAAGCAAUAAAAAAUUGAACCAAAGUCUUGUGAAGUUUCCCACAUCCUUCCUACCACCUUCCUACUGUACUUCUAUUUAAUCAACUCUAUUAAACAUUUGACAAAUGAAAGAGAAAACAAAACAUAUAUUCAUAUUUCUUUCUUGCUUGAGUCUUGAGAUUAAAAAUGGCAGGAAUGCUUGCUGGUGUUGAAUGUGCUAGAAGAAGAAAAUUUCAUCAAAACAGUGGCUUGUUAGAUUCAUCAUCUAAUACAUCUUCAUCCACAAGAAGGUCUUUUCAUUGUCUAUACACAAGCAGCCAUGAACAUAACCUUACUUCAAGACUUUCCAAGGAAAGAAGUGCAACAAGCCAAGAAUAUGAAGAUGAGAAGUUAGGUGAAGUUGCAAGAGAAGCCAAGCAAAGGCUGGAUGAGAGGCUGAGUUCCUCUUGGAAAUCACAAAAUAAGAGGGGUGUCAAGGGAUUCAAAAGUCUAGGACAAUGGAGGGCGCUGAUUUGCUGACAAAUGGUUGGACCAAUGAAAACCUGUUUUUAAGACUUCAAUUGGUGUUUAAGCUAAAUCAACAUAAUGCAAAAUAUGUAUCUUUCAUACAUUUAUUUGUAGUUAGUUGAAAUGUGUUCUUAGGUUUUCAUUUAGCAAUGAUGUGACAAGUCGAUCGAGGAACAACUGCAAUUUUGACUACUAAAAUGGGUUUUAGCAGAACUGGGCUUUGGUGAAAUAUCGGGUGUAAAUAGUAUUUUGCCUUUUAAAGGUGGCCAAGAGUUGUAAAAUACUAUAGAAGUAUAAACUCUCUUGUCUGAAGCUAAUUCACUAGCUGUUGAGUAUUUGAGAAAUGUGGUAUUUGCAAACAAUGGGCUUGAUUAGAAGUUUCAUUGA